UUCUGAUAAAGACAAUCGAUGAUAAAAUUAGUGAAUAUAAUACAUGUGCCGAUGAGCGGCGAAAAAAAAAAGAUAAAUGGCUAUUCAUUAUCAGUUCAGACUUUCGAGUUCUUUUCGUGUUCAAAAUAAUGUUUAAAUCAUUUUUAUUCGUCAGAGGGAUACAUUUAGCUAAUGCUAAUUGGUCUUCUAGCAAAGCACAAUUAUUAAAACUAAGAAAAAAAACUGGAUACCCAUUUGAAAGCUGCAAAAAAGCAUUACAAUUAAAUAACAACAGUUUAGAGAAGUCUGAAGAUUGGUUAAAAGAAGAAGCACAAAGGUUAGGAUGGGCAAAAGCCAAUAAACUUGCAAACCGUGCUACUGCUCAAGGAGUUAUAGCAUUGGCAGUAGAUAAUAAAAAACAAAUUGCUACCAUGGUAGAAGUAAAUUGUGAAACUGAUUUUGUUGCUCGUAACAAAUCUUUCCAAUCUGUGGUGGAUGUAGUGACGUCGUCAUGCUUGGAUUUUGCUAAAAAACAAAAGGCUUUAGAAAACUCUUUUUCUAAGGUCAAUCUCAAAAGUGGAGAACUGAUGGCUUUAAGUGGUACUGAGGGCAAGUCGCUGGCCGAUCAUAUUGCAAUGACUAUUGGUAAUCUAGGUGAAAAUCUUACACUUAGACGUGCAACCUGUUUAAAUACUCAUGGUACAGGAUUAAAUAUAACUGGUCUUACUCACCCUGCGAACACUACAGGAAAUAACUAUUUUGCUGGAAAAUAUGGAUCACUAAUAAUUUAUCGUCGUCAUUUAGAUAAUGACAUCAUAAGUGAAAAAUCUAUGGAAAGUUCUCAUAAUGAAAUUCUUCGUCAAAUGUGUCAACAUGUUAUUGGUAUGAAUCCUAAAAGUGUUGGAGUGCUUGGACCUUAUGAACUAACAAAAUCUCAAGAUAAAGUCAAUGAUGAAAACGAUUCCACUGAAAUUCAAGACACAGUAAAUGUUGAUGAAAAGCCAAGUGAUGAAAUAGAGGAAGAUGGCAUGUUAGAACAAGCAUUUUUAUUAGAUCCUUCUUUAACUGUAGGACAAGUAGCAACUGAUUAUGGGAUUGAUAUAUUGGAUUUUGUACGAUUUGAAUGCGGUGAAUCAUAAUUUCAUUAAUUCAAUUUCUUUGAAUGAAUUUCUUUAUAAAAAAAAUAGAUUUUUUUAAAUAAUGACACUUUAACAAGUGUUAGUAUCUUUGAAUAAAAACUAAACUUAGUUAUGAAUUUGGUAGUAUCAAUGUUUUAAGUAUUUUGAGUAUAUAUUUUAGAUUUUUUUA